UCUUCUCCGUUUGUUCGUUUUUCGCAACAGUGUAAGCGACGGAACCAUAGCAUAAACCCAAAACCCUAACCAGUUAAUGCUUCACUCCCACCAUUUUCAAAUCCAGAAACAAUGAGUUGGAGAACUUUACUUUCACUUCAUUCUUCAAGAUACGCAAUCAACAAACUCAAAUCAAUCUCAAAUUCCCCAUUUCCCACAACACUCUUCAAACCACUACCCGUUUCAUCAUUCACCGUUCACCGUAACCUUCAUUCCCAUUCCCCGGAACUCGGUAACUCGUUAAUCGAUCCAUCACUCGGUACUCACUUCAAAAACGACACCGUUCAUCGAAACGACGAUGAAGACGAAACAACCAACGAGUUCCUCUCACGAUUCGCGUGGAUUAUGCGGAAGAAGGUGAAGGAAUCGUAUCCCGAGAGCGACAAGAGCACUGUUGAUGCGAUGUUACUUGUGAUUGUGGAAAGAGUUGCUUCGGAAAUGGAGAAGGAUGGUGGUGCGACGGCGGAAUUUUCGUCUUUUGAAUCGGUGGAUUUCAGUGAGGAUCUUUGGAGGACUGUGUGGGAGGUUAGUAAUAAGGUGUUGGUUGAUAUGAAUAAAGAGAGGAAGAAGGAGAAAAUGAAAGGGUUUUUGCAGUGUGAUGAGGUGAAAGAGAUGUGUAGGUUCGCCGGUGAGGUUGGUAUUCGGGGUAAUUUGCUUCGAGAGCUUAGGUUUAAAUGGGCGCGCGAGAAAAUGGAGGAACACGAGUUUAAUGAGGAUUUGGAGAAAUUGAGGAAAGAGGGAGAGGUUGUUGAAGAAGAAGUUGAAAAUGAUAAGGAAACUGAAACUAAUGUUGAUGGUGAUGUUCUUGUUGAUGGCAAUGUUGAGGAGAAGAAGGUUGUUGGGCUUCCGAAGAGGAAAGGGAAAAUGAGGUUUAAGAUAUAUGGGCUUGAUUUAUCUGAUCCUAAAUGGGAGCAAGUUGCGGAUAGGAUUCAUGAGGCGGGAGAAGUUCUUUGGCCGAAGGAGGCAAAGCCGAUAACUGGGAAAUGCAAACAAGUUACUGAGAAAAUUUUGUCGUUGAAGAAGGAGGAUGGGGAUGAUAAUUUGUUAAACCUGUUGGCUGAGUGGGUAGAGCUUCUACAGCCUGCUAGGGUGGAUUGGAUCAAUUUGCUUGAUAGGUUGAAAAACCAGAAUUCUCCUUUUUACUUCAAGGUGGCAGAAAUGGUAUUGACCGAAGAUUCUUUCCAAACAAAUAUAUCUGACUACUCUAGGCUUAUUGAUAUGUAUGCUAAAGAGAACCGCAUUGAUGAUACCGAGAGGAUGCUUAAGAAGAUGAAUGAAAAUGGUAUAAAGCUAGAUGCUUCGAUAGCCAGUGUGUUGGUUCACAUGUACAGCAAGAUAGGUAAUCUGGAACGUGCAGAAGAAGCAUUGAAAGUCUUGAAUGAUCUGGGUUUCCAACCAGACACUAAAGUCUACAACUCAAUGAUCAUGGCCUAUAUAAAUGCCGGUGAACCUACAAAAGGCGAGACACUGAUGAGGCAGAUGGACACCCGAGAUAUUAAGCCCACAAAGGAAAUAUACAUGUCAUUGCUCAGAUACUAUUCCCAACGUGGUGACUUUGAUCGUGCUUCACGAACUUCAACAUCUCUGCAGUUUGCAGGACACCAGCAGACUAUGGAGACAUGCACCCUGCUCAUUGAAGCAGCUGCAGUUUCAGGUGACCUAGAUAAGGUAAGCUCCAAUUUUGACCACAUGGUACAACUUGGGCAUAAGCCUGAUGAUAGGUGCACUGCUGCCAUGAUUAGUGCUUAUGAGAAGACAAAUUUAUUGGACAAAGCAUUGGAUCUUCUUUUGACGUUAGAGAAGGAUGGGUUUGAGCCUGGGGUUGCAACUUAUUCUGUUCUUAUUGAUUGGCUGGCCAAAAUGCAGCUUGUUGAUGAAGCUGAACAGAUUUUAAACAAAAUUGCUCUGCUGGGUGAGGCUCCUCCUUUUAAGGUUCAAGUUAGUCUCUGUGAUAUGUAUGCAAGGACUAAAAUGGAGAAAAAGGCCCUUCAAACACUAGGCGUUCUAAUAGCUAGGAAGAACGAAUUAAAAGAACUCGAGUUUCAGAGGGUUAUAGCCGGCCUUGUUGGUGGCGGGUUUAUGCGGGACGCACAAAGAAUGCUUGGGAUCAUGGAGGCACAGGGUUUCAAACCAUCUGGACAGCUUAUUUCAGCCCUUAAAUCUGGCGACUUACUAUUAAGUAUGAGGUCAUGAGUUGUGCUGUGUCUGUCUUUUUCUGCCAUGUGGCCGACAAAUCCACUGCCUUAUGAAGGGAGCCUCGGUCUUAUAGAUUGACCAUACAAUGUAACCAAUAAAAGAUUUUUAGUUUAUUAUUGAUAAGUUGUUAGUUCCUCAGUUGUAUCAUUUUCAAUGAAAAUUUUGCCAUGGUUGCAUGUUUGGAAGUGUUCAGAAUUCACUGAUUUAUUUCUCUUAA